CGUUUGACACAGUCUUGCAAAAAUAGUAACGCAUCAAUAUAUCGGAACAUUUUCUCACCGUACACAGGAAAAUGGGAGUUCGAUCGUCCUCGCACCAGUACGAACCGCUAAUUUAACAUCCCUACAGAGUUGUCGUUCGGAAAACAAAGAAAUUCUUAUUGAAACACCGCAGGAGGAGAAAUUAUUGAGUCAGAGUUUCGUCAACGGAUGAUGUGGCUUUUCAAAUUGGUACUUUCGGACGAGAGUUUAAAAAAACUAAAGUUUUUUUCCUCCCAGGCUUCGAUGAAGAUGUGAAAAGUUCGUGCUGACAGUAAAUUGUAUUUAAUCAUUGACAGAAUGUGCUGUAUUUAGAGGGGCUAAAAAGUAUGCACUGAACUUUCCUGCCCCUCGUAGCGAGCUUCGUGCAACUUUCAUUCUCUCCAAUGAUGGAUCGAGCAGUCAGUAUUUACCGAUAAUUAAUUCCAGGCAACUAUAAAGGUACAUCAACCAGCAAACUCGUAUUCCAAUCAAAAGUCCAAACAAAAUUGUGCCUUUGUCUUUCUGUCCCUUAGAAUAAUAGCUGCAGUUGCAUAAAUUAUCGCGAGCAUAUUAUCACGAGUCUAUUUUCUCUCUGCGGACGCCAAGGAAAUGCGAUGCACGACAAAGAAUCGUAGCGCUUGCCCACAAAUUACCCCUCGAGCAAUAUAAAACGCAUUAAUCAUACGCGCACCUGGCGAACAGGGGGACGAUUUUUCUAUAGAGAGCCAGCACUCCCCUAAGAAAACGGGGAAACCUUUUUCAUUGAAACUCGAACAAUCCAUCGGCCAGGAAACGGAGUGCGCAACGCGAAAAUACCUUUCGACAUGUCGACGGUUGCUGUCCGGGAUCAGAAAGAAUUCGACGACGCCGCGAAGGUUCUGUCCUGGAACCGAUGGCUUCUAACGUUCCUUGGUAUUUGGCCGAGGAGCCCGAGUCAGAUUCGCUUCGGAAUAAAUUUUGGCUACUUCUUUUAUCACAUGUUGAUGGAGUACUUGGAUUUGUGCCUUUUUAUCAGCGAUCUUGAACACGUGAUUGAAAAUCUCACGGAAAAUAUGGCAUUCUCUCAGAUAUUGAUUCGCAUGGCAAUGUUGAAGCGUUACAACAAGCCCCUUGGAACGGUGAUCGAACAAGUUUUCAGCGAUUUUGAUGCACGCAAAUACAAAACGAUCGAAGAGAGCGAUGCUUUCAUGAAAUACAAUAAAAAAUCGAAACUGUUCGUCAAGCUUCUUUCCGCUUUCGUCGUUCUCACUGCUUCGUCUUAUUACGUCAAACCCCUCACAGCCGAACCUCCCGAAGAUUCGCCCACUGUUGUUCCGGACAAUGCGAGUGCUACGUACGAAUUGCCGUACAGAUUUCACGUUUUUUACAAAAUUGAAGACGACCAAACUUACUUGUACACUUACUUGUCCCAAUUACCUUUCGUUUUCGUUAGUGGCUUUGGCCAAAGUGCUGCCGACUGUCUCAUGGUCACGCUCGUUUUUCACGUCUGUGGCCAAAUGUCCAUUUUGGCAAUGCGCAUUUCGAAAAUAAAUAGUGACCCCGAUCUUUGUGAGGAGGAACUGCGGGACAUUAUCAAAGAUCACAAUCGAUUGUUGCAAAUGGGGACCAUCGUUCAAGAAGCUUUCAGUGAAACUCUGCUGGGACACUUGAUCGGCGCUACUUCUCUCGUUUGUAUUUUGGGUUACCAAUGUUUGACGAACUUUGCAAAAGGCCAAACCGCUGAAUUGGGAACAUUCGUAACAUUCGCGUUUCUCGUUCUCCUCGUUCUCUACGCUCACUGUACGGUCGGAGAGAGUUUAAUUACAGAGAGCUUGAACGUUUGCAACGCAUUUUACGACUGCGCCUGGUACAAAAUGCCGACGAAAAAGGCGCGCGUUCUAAUCAUUUGCAUGGCAAGAUCGCAAAAACCACUUUGUUUGACAGCCGGAAAAUUUGGGAUCUUUUGUCUCAGUACUUUGACCGAGGUUUUGAAAACUGCCAUGGGAUAUUUAUCCGUGUUGAGAACUUUGUUGUGAUGUGAUUGAAAAAUUGUAAAUGUUGCUGUUCGAGUUCGUGAAUCGCACUAAAAAUCCAAAAAAAAAAUCUACGAAAUCAAUGAUCGUUUUGAGCAAGUGGGAAUUUGUACGUUCUGAAACGGUCUCGAAUUGUUAAUUAUCGAAAUAAACAAUAUUGAAAAAAAUUU